AUGGAUCCGUUCAGUGUGGCAGUCGGGACUCUAAGUAUCGUCCAAGCGGCGGUACUGAGUAUAAAUGCUUUAAUCCAUGAUAUCAACGCGAUCAAGGAUGCGCCUGCCGUUAUCGUGGAUCUGAGAAACGAACUAGCAGCCAUUCACGCCAUUCUCGCGGCGCUGGAGGAUGCGAGGAAAGAUUCAAAGCUAGAGGCACUCACUCCCGACGUAUUAAUCGCGCUGAAGUCGGCUAUUGCGAUUUGCGAAACAGCCUGCGACCGGUUUGGGGUGAAGCUGAAGCGAUGGACUAGACAUUCUGAGGAUAGAGUCCACUGGUGGGAUCGAGUUCGCAUCGGCUUGUUCGCGGAGGCGACGAUUGAGGCUCUGAGGAAGCAGCUGGGCUAUUGCAAGUCUACUGUGAAUUUGGCAGUUAGCACAGCUGCCUUGCUGAGGUCGGCUACAUCAACCCCCAUUACCGAUGCAAUCCAACGCGGGCUGCAGGAAAGGGAGAUUGCGAUCUCGCAGGACAUUACGGAAUUAGAUAGACAGAACGAGGAGAGGGAGACGACGCUACAGGAGAUCACAGCAGCGCGGCCCAUGGAUAACAACAAUAACGAUCCGUCCGACGUGGUCGAGCAACUUGAGGACCAGCGGGUUGCACUACGUGCAUCUCGGACGCUCUUAGAAGACCUCCUAUCGGACAUCCGGCGCACCGGACAAAGGAUCACCAAGGUCGAGAUGAAUGACGGUGGGAAACUCCUCGUUGGCCUCAUCAAUGUCGACGCUGGUGAUGGUGAGAUCCGCCAGGAAAUCCACAACGUCAAGGCCACCACCGGUGGGAAGGGCGUUGUGGGCAAGAUCCAAGGGUUUGAUGUAAAUGCGUUUUUUGCAGAUUAG